CCUCCGCCCACCCGUGGCGCUUCCGCCCCGCGCGCGGGACCGGCGCGAGGAGCGCGCGGAGCCGUGACCCCGCGGUGACCCCACGGUGACCCCUCCGUGACCCUGCUCAUGGACGGGGAGGGGGAGGCGGAGGGGGAGGGCGCGUCCGCCCCGCCGGGCGCCGCCGCCCUGCUGUACCUGCCGGACGGGUCGGCGCUGCCGCUGCCGCUGGAGCCGCCCCCGGGCCCCACGGCCGCGGAGCUGCUGCGCCGCCUGCAGGGGGCGCUGCGCCUCCCGCCCGCCGCCGGCGACGCCCUCGCGCUGUGGUUGGGGUCGGAACUGCUCGAGGUGCAGCUGAAGCCGCGGCACCGACCCCUGCGCCUGGUCCGGCACUGGCCGGAGCUGCUGCUGCGCUUCAGCCUCGGCUCGCCCGCGGCCAUCGCCCAAGAUGAGCCGUGUCUGCAGCUGCGCAGGAACGUGUUCUUCCCUAAGAGCCGUGAGCUGGAGCUGCAGGAGGAGGAGCUGCUCCGGUUGCUCUAUGAGGAGGCGCGGGAGCAGCUGAAGGCGGGGCGCUACCCCGUGGACCCCCCCGAGGCUGCCGAGCUGGGGGGGCUCAGCUGCCGCCUGCGCCUGGGGCCCUUCGAGCCCGGCCAGCACACGGAGCUCAGCCUGCGGCCGCUGCUGGGGGAGCUGCUGCCGCCGGGUCCUCCGGCCCGCUGGGGGGCGCUGUUCCGGCGCUCGCGCGAGCCGGGCCCCGCCCAGCGGCUGCUCGAGGCGUUUGCGCGUGCGCCGGGCCCCGAGGCGCCCCCUGCCGGAUUGUACCGGGACUUCCUGCGCCGCUGCCACGCCCUGCCCGGCUACGGGUGUGCCUUUUUCCCGGGAGCCAUUGAGCGGCCGUCGGGGGGGCUGCUGGCCCGGGGGGGGCUGCGCCCCGUCAGCGUGGCCGUGGGGCUCGAGGGGGUCACCAUCAUUGACCCCCGCCAGAAGCACGUGCUGCUGUCCCUGACGUACCCCGAGCUGUGCUGGGAGCUGGUGGGGGCCGUGGGGCAGGACGGGGACCCCGCGGGGCAGGACGGGGACCCCGCGGAGCCCCCCCAGCUGUGGUUGGAGUUCGAUGGGGACCACGAGGGAGCCCCCGUGAACCGAUUGCUGCGCGUGUUCUCCCCGCAGGCGGAGCUGAUGAGCGCCCUCAUCGAGUGCUGCAUCGAGCUGGGCGGGGCGGCCCCGCCCCCCGAGGAACAGCCCACGCCCCCCGGCGCCGCCGCGGCCACGCCCCCCGAGGCGGCCGGCGCGCGUGGCGCCCCCUUGCGGCGGCAGGAGAGCGUGACCCGGCCCCGCCUGCAGCGCCUCGCGACCAUCGACUACGUGCGGGAGGGGCAGGAGCUGCGGCGGGUGAAGCCCCCCCGGCGCUCGGCGUCCUUCUUCAGCCGGGGGGGGGCCGGGGGCGGCUCCUACAGCCCCGUGGCGGGGGGAACAGGAGGGGCCGGCUCCGAGCAGGGCUGAGCCCCCCCGAGCCCCCCAAACCCCUCCCAGUUCAGACUGGGAGCACUGGAAGCCCCCCCCUCUUUGUACCCACACCCCCCAAUAAAAUGCACUGUCCCCCCCGCCCCCUCUCCCCAGGCAGGGUUUGGUGGGAUUUGGAGCCUUUUGGGGCAAAUCGGGGUGAAUUUGGGGUUAAUCCAGAGCAGUUUGAGGCCAUUUGGUACCAGUUCGGUGAUGAUUCUGGGUGGUUUGGGGCAGAUCAAAGCUGAUUCAGGAUGGUUUGCAACUUACUUGGGCUGUUUGGGGUUAAUUCGUGGCAGUUUUGAUCUAGUUUGCGAUAUUUGGAGCUGAUUUUGGAUCAUGCCGAGCAUUUUCCAGACAGUUCCUGGGGGGUCUGGGGCCACUUUCAGUGGAGUGGGGACAUUUUGGGGCCAGUUCUGGGGGGUUUGGGGCCUAUUCCAGGCGGUUUGGGGUCCAUGCAGGGGGGUUUGGGACAAACUGCAGCAGUUUGGGGCCAGUUCUGGGGAGUUUGGGGCCAAUUCUGGGGGGUUUGUGGCCAACGUAGCCAAAUGGCGGCCCCACGUGACAGCAGCGGCCAUUUCGGGCUGGGGACUGAGGGACACGCGUGUGUCACACUUGUCACACGUGUCACACUUGUCACCUGUGUCGGGGACUUCUGUGCUGGGGGGGCUUCUCCCUCUCAUUAGCACUAACGAGACCUUUGGGACAAAUUCCACCAUUUUUAGGGCAAGUCCUGCUGAUUUUGGGACAUCGCUCGUUGUCCAUUUGGGACCUUCACAGACCCACCCAAAAUCCCCUUAUUUCACUAUUUAACCACAUUUUCUUCCCUUUUCCCACCCAGCAGGGCUGCGUUUAUCAAAAAUAACACAUUUUGUACCCAUAAACCCCACACGCCUCCACUCUGCGGCAAAACCGCCUCAGUUCCAAAUAACUUCAUUUUCUUAAGGUGCUUUUUAGAAAUUUAAGGAUUUUUUAAGGCAGAACUGGUGAGAGUUUUGUGCUGUGGGAGGGGUCGGUGUUAUCAGGGCCUUAAGAUCACAGAGGAACUGCUCUGAAA